GCGAGCCCGCGAGGUCACUAUCAUAUGACAAAGGCUUUGCUGCAGUUCAUCUUCCUCCCUGUGUACUUUCCGUUUGCCUUCCUAGAUGUGUGAGAGUGAGACAGAGGAAACCACACAUUAACAGUAACAUCUGAUGCAUUGAUGACAUAGUGACAACUACCGAAACAGGGACAGCCCCAAGAGAAGCAGAUCUGUUGGCUGGACUUCUGAAGAGAGGAAUGGCAUAAGAAUUCUGCUGCAUCACAGAAGCUGGAAGCUCUGAUGUUCCAUUGAAAUCACAAUGGAAAGUCUUGACUUGACCGGUCACAGUAAUGAAAGGCAGUAAUAGAAAUAAAGAUCAUUCCGCAGAAGGAGAAGGAGCUGGAAAACGACCAAAACGCAAGUGCCUUCAGUGGCAUCCAUUGCUAGCAAAGAAACUUCUUGACUUUUCAGAAGAGGAAGAAGAGGAAGACGAAGAGGAGGAUAUUGAUAAGGUUCAACUUCUUGGGGCCGAUGGUCUAGAGCAAGAUGUUGGUGAAACUGAAGAUGAUGAAUCACCAGAACAGCGAGCCCGGAGACCAAUGAAUGCAUUUCUCUUAUUUUGCAAACGUCAUCGCUCUCUUGUACGUCAGGAACACCCCAGGCUUGAUAACCGAGGUGCUACCAAGAUACUAGCUGAUUGGUGGGCUGUUCUCGAUCCAAAGGAAAAGCAGAAAUACACAGACAUGGCCAAGGAGUAUAAAGAUGCAUUUAUGAAAGCAAAUCCUGGCUACAAAUGGUGUCCUACCACAAACAAGCCUGUGAAAUCCCCAACAUCCACUGUCAAUCCACGGAAGAAACUAUGGGCCUUCCCACCUGACUCUUCAAGAGACUUGCCAAGCCCCAAGAAAACAAAGCCUGAAGAGAUGCCUCAGCUUAACUUUGGGAUGGCUGAUCCUACUCAAAUGGGAGGCCUGAGCAUGCUGCUUUUAGCUGGAGAACAUGCUCUUGGUACACCAGAGAUAUCCUCUGGCACUUGCAGGCCUGAUGUUUCAGAAUCCUCUGAAUUACGUCAGAAGUCACCAUUAUUUCAGUUUGCCGAGAUAUCUUCAGGUACCUCCCACCCUGAUGUUCCUUCAAAACAAUGUCAAGCAUCAGCUUUGUUUCAGUUUGCAGAGAUUUCUUCGAACACUUCACAGUUGGGCGGUGCUGAACCUGUAAAACGCUGUGGAAAGUCUGCACUCUUUCAACUGGCAGAGAUGUGCCUGGCAUCAGAGGGGGUGAAAAUGGAAGAAUCAAAGCUAAUAAAAGCAAAAGAAUCAGAUGGCGGAAGAAUUAAAGGAUUGGAGAAGGGCAAGGAAGAAAGAGAAAUAAAAAUGGAGAAAAUAGAUGAAGCAAGGAUACAGAAAGAAGCAGAAUUUGAAAAAUCAGCUAAGGAAAAUGUAAGAGAUUCUAAGGAAUUAAGAAAUUUUGAGGAGCUGCGAAUGGAUGAUAUAAUGGGUAUAAAAAUGGAAGCUCCUAAAGAAAUUAAAAAGGAAGAAUUAGAGGAAGAUCAAAAAUGUAGUCACUUCCCUGAUUUUUCUUACUCUGCCAGUAGCAAGAUAAUAAUAAGCGAUGUUCCCAGUAGAAAGGAUCACAUGUGCCAUCCUCAUGGAAUUAUGAUCAUUGAGGAUCCCACAGCAUUAAGCAAACCAGAAAAGCUGAAAAAGAAAAAGAAGAAAAACAAAAUGGAUCGACAUGGAAAUGAUAAAUCCACACCCAAGAAGACUUGCAAAAAGAGGCAGUCCUCGGAAUCUGAUAUCGAGAGUGUCAUGUACACCAUUGAAGCUGUUGCAAAGGGAGACUGGGGCAUCGAGAAGCUUGGAGAUACCCCUCGCAAGAAGGUCCGUACAUCCUCAAGUGGCAAGGGAAGCAUUUUGGAUGCCAAGCCACCAAAGAAGAAAGUGAAAUCAAGAGAGAAGAAAAUGUCAAAGGAGAAAUCCUCAGACACCACCAAAGAGUCAAGACCUCAAGAUUUUAUCAGUAUUUCUGCCAGCAAGAACAUUUCUGGUGAGGUACCAGAGGGUAUAAAAGCAGAACCAUUGACCCCUACGGAGGAUGCAUUACCACCCAGUCUAUCGGGACAGGCCAAGCCUGAGGACAGUGACUGUCACAGAAAAAUAGAGACUUGUGGCUCCCGGAAAUCCGAGAGGUCUUGCAAAGGUGCUCUUUAUAAAACCCUGGUGUCUGAGGGUAUGCUCACCUCUCUGCGAGCUAAUGUUGACAGAGGGAAACGAAGCUCAGGAAAAGGAAACUCCUCUGAUCAUGAAGGGUGUUGGAAUGAAGAAAGCUGGACAUUUAACCAGAGUGGGACCAGUGGAAGCAAGAAGUUCAAGAAGACAAAGCCAAAGGAAGACUCUCUCCUUGGCUCAGCAAAGCUGGAUGAAGAAUUUGAAAAGAAAUUCAACAGCCUCCCUCAGUAUAGUCCUGUUACAUUUGACCGGAAAUGUGUACCUGUCCCAAGAAAAAAGAAGAAGACUGGAAAUAUGUCCUCAGAACCGACUAAAACCAGCAAAGGUCCUUUCCAGUCUCAGAAAAAGAACUUAUUCCACAAAAUUGUCAGCAAAUAUAAGCACAAAAAGGAGAAGCCUAAUGUUCCGGAAAAAGGAAGUGGGGAUAAAUGGUCAAACAAGCAACUCUUCUUGGAUGCCAUUCACCCUACAGAAGCCAUAUUUUCAGAAGACAAAAACACCACGGAGCCUGCUUAUAAGGUUAAAAAUGCCCCAUCCAUUCCCAACACUCCAGAGCCGACAACGGCGCAGGAACCCUUGGUGGGCAGUCAAAAGAGAAAAGCAAGGAAAACCAAGAUCACACACCUUGUCAGGACAGCAGAUGGCCGGGUAUCACCAGCAGGAGGUACUUUGGAUGACAAACCAAAGGAACAACUGCAGAGGAGUCUUGCUAAGGUGACCGAGACAGGCUGCAAUGACGAAUGCUCACACAACCGAGAGGCCACGGAGACGCGGAGCAGCACCCCGGAGAUGCCAGCCGUGUCUGCGUUCUUCAGCCUCGCUGCGCUGGCCGAAGUGGCCGCCAUGGAAAAUGUGCAUAGAGGUCAGAGAUCAACUCCGCUCACCCAUGAUGGACAGCCAAAAGAAAUGCCCCAGGCUCCUGUACUUAUUUCUUGCGCUGACCAGUGAAUGCCCUUUAAUUGUAAAACAUUGUGCUUUACCUACUACCCUAGCCUUGUCUUUAUUGAGAGAUGCUAGUGAGUCUGUGUGGUGGAAAAUAUAGACUGCAAACAAGUGCUUGUUGCCCUACACGGCCCAGAUUCACUUGAAGCAGAAGUUGGCACCCUGGGCCAGUUUGUUCUUUCAGAACCCAGAGUCUUUGAGGGUGAUGUUAUCUGUCUGAUAAUGAGCAGAAACGGGAUGAUCCUAGAGCUUUGCUUUCUAUUGAAGGCUUUUGAUGGUAAUAGGUGGUAACUUGGUAAAAGGCUGCCUUUACUGUAGCUCAUCCAGCAUCUCUUUUACCAACCAGAGAGUGUGAAACUAGUUUCGUAUAUUACCUAGUUAUUCUUUCAAAACAAAAACAAAAAACAAAAAAACAAAAACUGACACACUGCACUAGUUAUUAUUAGAUAUUCUUAGUCUUUUUUGUACAUGGAGAUUUAUGUUCUAAGAUGGUUUAUAUAAUAGGUUAUACCUACAUUUAUAUUGUAGAAUAAUAUUAAAAAGCCUGUUCCAGAGACUCCCAAACAGCACGGGCAGGCAGAUGUACCAUUGUUAGCGGUGUAUGCUCGGCCUUGUGGUCCAUAUAUUCUGCACUUUUAUAUUUGCCACCUGAGUGGUAGUUUGCUGGCAAAAAGAGAAAGAGAGAGAAGAAGAAAAAUUACAGUUCUUACAAGCAGAAUUUUUUUCUUAGCCUUGAGUGACCAAGAAGAAUUUGCUUGGGUCAAAUUGUGGCGAAUAUUUUCCCAGACAGGGGAAGAGUCCAGCAGAUUACAGAUUACUGAUGUUUUCAUGCCUUGAGGAUUCUUUUAUUUUUACACAAGGGUCUGAGUGACCAAUGGAUCGUUCAUACAGACAAAAAAAGAAAAAUAUUAUUCAGAAGUGACCUUAGUAUUACUUCAUUAUUCAGAACACAUUGAAGACACACUCACUUCGUGUGGUCUUUGAGCUACAGACCUUUUACAUCCAUCCCAGACAGACUGGACGGGUAGCAAUUGCUAUGCACAGCCUAAUUGGCACUGCAGGUUUUUA